CAUAGAAAAAGCCAACAUCUCCUCAUGUGCUCCUGAAUAAUUCUGUGAAAGCUGAUCUGCAAGCGAAGUCAAACUUCAACACAACCAAGUUCACAACCCUUGCAAGUAAUAUACCUACCCCCAGGCAACCAUCUCUACAUGGCAUCCCCUGAAGAAAGAGAGAACCUCAGAGUCAAUCACUCCAUCACCCUGCGACAAAGACUCCGUUUCUGGACCUGAUGAGAUGAGACCCACUUUGGUGAAUACGCCAUCUAGCUGGUACAUUCAGGGAAGGUUCUUCUUUGAUGUCCACCCUCCACUGGGAAAGUUGAUAAUAGCGAUAGCUGGAGUGUUGGCUACAACGGUUCCUUUGAGUUUGAGGAGCACGGGCAACAGUACAAGGACACUCUUUACAUCGGCAUGAAGGUGCUGGUGGAGCUCUCCAAGGCACAAGACAUUGAGGCUGGCGACGGAACUACCUCUGUGGUGGUCAUUGCAGGAAGCCUGCUCAACACCAGUCAGAACUUGCUGGAGAAAGGUAUCCACCCCACAACAAUUUCCGACUCGUUCCAGAAGGCAGCUGUCAAAGCCACCGAGGUCCUCACUAAGAUGUCGACCCCAGUUACCCUUGACGACCGUGAGUCCCUCCUCAAGAGCGCCACCACUUCACUCAACUCUAAGGUGGUGUCCCAGUACUCCAGCCUGCUGGCUCCACUCUCGGUGGAUGCUGUACUUAAGGUGAUCGACCCCGCCACUGCUACCAAUGUCGACCUCAACAAUAUUAAACUUGUGAGGAAACUGGGGGGUACAGUUGAGGACACUGAGCUGGUAGAGGGACUAGUGUUGGACCAGAAGGCCUCUCACUUGGCUGGAGGGGUCACUCGUGUGGAGAAGGCUAAAAUAGGACUCAUUCAGUUUUGUAUCUCACCACCAAAGACAGACAUGGAGAACCAGGUGAUAGUGUCAGACUAUUCUCAGAUGGACCGCAUCCUCAAAGAAGAGAGACAGUACAUUCUCAACAUCUGCAAGAAGAUUAAGAAGGCAGGCUGCAACGUGCUGCUCAUCCAGAAGUCUAUUCUCAGGGCUCUGAUUGCAGGUGGGGGUGCUCCUGAGACAGAGGUGGCCCUGCGUCUAUUGGAGUACUCUCAGACUCUGAGUGGGAUGGAGGCCUACUGUGUCCGUGGGUUUACCGAUGCAAUGGAGGUGAUCCCCUACACUCUGGCAGAGAAUGCUGGUCUCAACCCUAUUGGUGUGGUUACUGAGCUUAGGAAGAGGCAUGCUAAUGGGGAGAAGACGGCCGGGAUCAACGUGAGGAAGGGCACCAUAACUGAUAUUCUUGAGGAGAAUGUGGUGCAGCCUCUGUUAGUGUCCACGUCAGCCAUACAGCUGGCCUCAGAGACUGUCCGGAGCAUCUUGAAAAUUGACGACAUUUUGAAUGUACUUAGGUGAGGACAUGCAUAGUCAGCCAUUAGAACAGUGUACUGCGUACUAUAUAAGUUAACGUAUGCACAUACUAUAUGUAGUAAAGCAUCGUUUGUUAUUAGUAAAACCAGUAAAACCAGUAGGUUUUACAUAGGAUUGGCAGUGGGUUUGCCUGUGUUUAGCAAUAUUUCAAUUAUUUUGACUCAUGUUCAAACUGUUCUAUCUCUGCAGGGAAAGGCCACAUCAAGAAACUGGCUGAACAGAUAGUUUAUUUAGCCUUUUCUCUAUUUGUAUCUCUCAUUUCAUAAUCCAUAAACAUUUUAAUGAAUGAAUAUUUUCAUUUUAAAAAUUGCACUAUUUCGACGUUUCACCGCUCUUUGUCUGACUGACUAAGUAAGUGAGUAAGUAAGUAAGUUUCUUGCCCAGCAUUUACUCCAAGUACAGCCAUCUCCAGGACAUUCUGCACAGGGUUUCCAAACGACUACAACCUGGAUUACAAAGCGCUUCUUCAGAUUUGCGAUUGCUUCCACAAGGCAGAUGACCUCUCAGUCUCUAUUUCUCUUACCUAGACAAUUCCGCCAUCUUUAAUGACUCAGCAAUUGUGUUGUGGCCAAUAAUAAUAGAUAGGCGUGGCUAAUAAACCGUGCGCCUAAAAUCAGUGCAGCAGUGCUUUUCCAGAGCCUGAGGUGUUCCUUUUCUUCACACUGUUCAGCUCUAGCUCCCUUUCUCUGAAAGGCAUGCUAUAUGCACUGGCUAGAUAUCAUGCUCUUAAAAUGGCUGUCAUUUAAUACUGAUUCGCAAAUUCAACAUAAUUAUCAAGCAAUAAAUUAUUACUCAUUAUACUAUAAUUAUUAGUCCAGAGAUAUUCUAGAAGAUAUCUGAUUAGUCCUGUCUUCUCUUCUUGUACUGCCUCUUAACGUUCCACUUAUGCAUGUCAUGAUACGUAAACUGUACUGAAAAAGAAAGGGAAUCCGACUAGAAAAACAUUUGCAAUGUGAAAAAUUGCUAGGAUUGGCCAGGGGAACCACAAAAAAGCGUGGGAACAAGAAAUCAGACGAGAGCAUAACUCCAAUCCGUUACAACGUCAUGAACAUGUACAAUACAUAGUAUAUUAAAUAAUAGACUGUGUUCCAGAUCCACCUAUCAGCUUCCAUCCACCACAUCAUUCCAUGCAGUCACCAGUACGGUCCGUGCAUGUUACUACGCAUGGAUGGACUGUGUGCACCUGUGCUCAACACUGCAUGUAUUAGGAACAUCAAUUCAUCACAAAUCAUCAUGAUUAUGUGCCCCACAUUCUAAAAUGGAUGUAUAAUAAAUAUAUAUAGGGAUUGGUCAUCACUCCACCAGUAAAAAUUGCGUGGCAUAUUGGCUGGGAAAACAUGGGAAAACUACCAGUAUACAUGUGAUUGACGUUGUAACGGAUUGGAGUUAUGCUCUCGUCUGAUUUCUUGUUCCCACGCUUUUUUGUGGUUCCCCUGGCCAAUCCUAGCAAUUUUUCACAUUGCAAAUGUUUUUCUAGUCGGAUUAUUAUCAUUAUUAUCU